CCCUUCACACCUCUCGCUCUCUCUCUCUUUCUCUCUCUCUCUCUCUCUCUCUAGCCAUGGAACAGUAUUUCAAUGACAACCCUUAUUUGAACAUCAACCCAGCACCGCCGCCGCCGCUGUCGCCGCCGCCGCUGCUACUACCGCAAGUCGGCGACGAUGGCCGCGACAAAGACCGAGAGCGGUUGCCGCUGCCCCAGUGGAUCCACGCAGAGACCGCGGAGUUCCUCGCCAUCCGGUCGGAGCUCGACUGCCGCUUCAUGGCCACCAAGCGCAACAAGCCCCUCUGGGAAGAGAUGUCGAACAGGCUCCGGUGCAAGGGCUUCUUUCGCACGGCGGAGCAGUGCAAGUCCAAGUGGAAGAACCUCGUCACGCGGUUUAAGGGUUGUGAGGCGUUGCAGCAGGAUGCCAAUAAGCAGUUCCCUUUUCAUGAAGAGAUGAGAAGAAUAUUCUCCAAGAGGAUGGAGAGAGUGCUGAGUAGUGAUACUAACAAGGAGGGAAAUGAGGAGGAAGAGGAAGAGGAGGAGAAGAUGGAUGAGAGGAGUAAGAGGAAGGGAGGAGUAGUGAAGAAGAAGAAGAAGAGGAAGGAGCUUGAGGAAGAGGUGGCGGUCGCCCUAAAGGAGUUUGUGAGGCGGCAGGCGGAGAGAGAGGCUUGGUGGGUAGAGGCGGCGGAGGCGAGGGAGGCGGAGAGAAGGGUAAAGGAGGAGGAGUGGAGGAGCGCAAUGGCGGCUUUGAGCGAGGAGAGAGUGGCGAUGGAGAGGAGGUGGAGAGAGAGGGAGGAGGAGCGGCGGUCGCGUGAGGAGGUCCGGGCCGAGAGGCGGCAUGCCCUCAUCAUGUCCCUCCUCAACAAGCUUGCCAAUGAAGAGGCAUAGAUCUUGCGAUAAUGUAGAUCCUGGAAGGAGAAUAGAAAAGGGAUAAGGAUCGUGAAGAGAUGUACAUUAUCGACAACUUGCAACAAUAAGCAGGUUUAGGACUUUGCAAGAGAAUUCAUGUACUCCGCCAUGCUUCAAAAGAAAGCCAAAAGGUCAUUUCGUAUAAUUUAUUAAAACACUAUUCUUUACCGUUCAAGUUUCUGACGAAUUUAAUUAAUAUAUUACGUAGUAUCAGGGCAAGAGAUUGUCCUAGUUAGAGUUGGUAUCCUUUCCCCCUCACACCAUGGAUUUAUGCGUGUGAUUUGCUGGUUUUUUUCUUUGUUGUGAUUUGAAUUUGUUAAGCGCCAAUUGCUCGUUUUGCUUCUUUUCAACCUAUUGCAUAAGGAAUGGUUGAAAAAAUUUGGACUCCCUUAAUAUGCAAGGCAUUGAAA